AUGGAGAUCUCAGCCAAGACGUUACUCAACCUGAGAUGGUGGUUGAAUAUGGCCAAGUUGAGUCAGGGAAUACCAUGGAUAGUGAACGACCUACCUGACGACCGAUGCAAGUCCUUGGAGCUGGGGCACCCAUAUUCAAAACCUAUCCUUUCAGGGAUUAUGGAAGGAAGAUCUGGGAUUUGUAUCCUCCAAUAUGGAGUUGAUGGCGCCCGUAGAAUUAGUGAGCUUCAGGCGAUCUCUAUUAAUGCUCCUUAUACUACCAUCCUAGAUGAUAGGGUAGUUAUCCGACCUGACCCUGCAUUUAUUCCAAAAGUAGCAACCAUAUUUCAUAGGUCUCAGGAAAUGAUCCUUUCAUCUUUCUUUGCGAAUCCAACAUUUGAGGAGGAAAAGGCUUUCCAUUGUCUAGAUGUUAGGAGAUAUUUACUUCAUUACCUUUCUAGGACUAAAGGAAGUAAACCUCCAGAAGGCCUUCACACUCACUUUACGAGGACAAUCUCUACCUCUUUGGCGGAGAAAGCUGUGGCUACUAUUGAGGAUAUUUGUAAAGCAGCAGCCUGGUCUUCACCUUCUACCUUUUUAAAUCACUAUCGUCUGCAGUUGAAUUCUCCUUCUGAUUUAUCUUUUGGUUCAAAGGUGCUUUCAGCUAUAUUAUCCCACCUUAGAAGUUCCCUGGUUCUCGCUCUCUUGGUGCUGUCGUGGGUGAGGGGAAAAAUGAAGAUUACUCUUAUCGAUGGUACAGGUGGAGGCAGAUGGCAAUGCAGUGAGGGUGGGCAGGCGGCACUGAGUUUGGUAAUCAAAAACAAUGUAUGUUUAUUAGAAUAUUUUUCCUUUUUUUUUUUAGCAUCUACAAGUCAAAGGAUUGUGACAUCAGUUGAAAAAAUAUCCAAAAAUGUCAGAAUCAGAACAAGGCGCAAGACAAAGGCCUCCAAGAAGGCGUCGCAGAAUUCAAGAACUGCUCUGCUGCCACACCAGCACCAUCACCUGCUGGGGCCCGGUCAUCGCGGGCCUCUAAGUCACCGAGGGGAGGUGAAGAAUAGGAUUGACCAGGACCGGCAGCAAGAACCUUCUACUAGAUCCGCCAGGCAGGAUCCCCAAGUCCGCUCCAGAGUCCGUGGGAAAGGCCAUGGCAGUCGGGGACGUGUUUCCAGAGUUUCCCCCGGGGAAGAUAGGGAGUUCGUUGUCCCUUGUAUAGACAAUGAACUCCUUAUCCAGCUGGUGGAGGCGCGUCACGGAUUAUGGGACCACACUGACUGCCACCAUGCAGACCAUCACCCGACCCAGCGGCUCUGGAGGCAGAUAUCUGAAUGUUUGUUCAGUGGCUGGGAGGAUCUCAGUGCGGCGGAUCAGAAAGAAUGUGUGGACAAGGUUACCACUCGGUGGUGGUCAAUGCGGGACCGCUUCAAGAGGGACUACAACAAGGAAGUUCAGGCUCCGAGUGGUUCCAGAGCAACCUCAGGGUCGACAUAUGUCUACAGUGCGGCCUUGGAGUUCUUACGUACAGUCGUGGCCAAAAGUUUUGAGAAUGAGACAAAUAUUAGUUUUCACAGAGUUUGCUUCUAAACUGCUUUUAGAUCUUUGUUUCAGUUGUUUCUGUGAUGU